AAAUGUCAUCACUUGUCUCUUUCAGCAUUCACACAAUGAAGUAAACAAACUUAAAAAAGUCGAAUGUUUUGAAAGUGGAUCAUUUUAGCAAAAAUGUCACGCUCAUCUGUGAAUGGCAGUGAAUACGAUGAAUACGUGCUUGACGAAGCGGAUUAUGUGCGAGAAGCCGAACAAACUGUGUACAAUCACAACGAGAUAUCAAUUGAAAAUGCCCUCACCCUGAACAAACACAUGCGAAUUUACUUAAACGAUUUGAAACACGAGCUGGAGCAAUUGAUCAACGUGUGCCAACAGAAGUACAAACAAAACGAAUUGUUGAUUGCCGCAACAAACAAAGCAAAAAAUGAACCGAAACUCUAUACGACAUACUAUUUUUGUGGUUAUCCAUUUUUCAAAGAUCGAAAGGGUGGCGCACCACCACAAUCGGCCGAAUAUUUGAAACGCACCGAAAAAGGCGAUGAAAUUUUCCCAUUGGAUCUAGAGAAGCGAUGUGUUUGGCUGCCUCGAGACAAAGUUCAGUUGGUGCAAGGCGUUAAGAAGCAAGUGAUCACAUACUUACAGUCACAAAAUCGGACGAAAAUUCGAAAGACAGUCGGCAAACGAUGCGCUAGCGAACUGUCAGCUAGGAUUCAAAAUGAAAGUUCUUCUUUCGAAUCGAUGCAUUUGAAGGAUUUGCUCAAAAAGACGGAGGGAAGUAAUUUCCGAAUAAAUUGGCUGGAUGUUUCAAUGAACGCUCUGGAUGAUCGGCAUCCGCCUAAUGAGUGCAUGGGAAUGUGGUAUGGUUACUUAAUGCCAACAUUGAAUCGUCAACCAUGGACACCGGCCGAAGAAGAUAAAUUAUUGAAUGCUGCAAAUGAUUUUGAGCAUCAAGAUUGGGCGGAAAUCGCAAAAGAAGUGGAUGGUCGAUCAGCUUAUCAAUGCUUUGUCCAUUAUCAAACGAAAUUCAAUCCAAAACAUGUGCAGAAAAAUGUUCGUUGGACACCCGAAGAGGAUAAGAAGCUGCUGGAUUUCAUUGAAAAGUAUCGAAUCGGUAAUAUCAUACCGUGGACUAAGAUUAUGGAGAAAUGUCCGGGUCGUUCAAAGCCACAGCUUUACAAUCGGUACAUGUUUUCAUUACAUCCGGAGAUAAAUCGAGCGCCGUUUACCGUUGAAGAGGACUGUAUAUUGAUGGCAGCCAUUAAGGAGUACGGACUGAAUUUCUGUGAAUUUCCAUCGAAUUUGUUGCCCGGUCGAAAUAUGCGGCAAAUUCGAAGCCGCUAUAACAAUGUUUUGCGGCAUGUAAAUGUACGUGAACAUUGGACGGAACAACAUGACAUUAAACUAAUGGAAUUGAUUGAUCGUUAUGGUACAUCUGACUGGGUACGCAUAUCCGAUGAGAUGGUGAGUCAUACGCGGACAUCAUGCCGUCAAAGAUACACCACGAUUCGGAAAUUUCUUGAUAAAUAUCCUAGCAAAACGGUAUCGGAUGUUCCACGCAGAAAACGACCCUUCUCAACGAAUGUAACAACGGAGAACUGGAUGGAAGCGAUCAUUGAAGCCAAGAAUUUCGAAUCAAUCACCGCAGCAAGUGAAGAAGAAGAAGACGAAGCGGAGAACUCAAUACUACCACGAGGAAAAUCAGUGGCCCAAAGCCUUCAUAAUACGGACUAUUAUGAUUUCCUAAAAUAUUCAUUCAACUUUAAAUUUGGUGAAGCGAUUCCCGGCAGCGAUGCACUCUUCGAGAACAUACAAAUCGCAUGCCAAUUGUUACGAGCAUCGAAUUUGCCAAACAAAAUAAAUACGUAUGACCAAUCGUUUAGCUGCUACGUGACAAUGAAAAAUCCCUGUAAGAAGGUGCAAUUAGAGGUGGACCUACUAAGAUCGCUCAGCGAACUGGGUCGAAAUGAUUUUUUAUAUCCGGUAAAUGUGAAUACGGUGCUUGGUUUGCGUGGCAUAACAGCAAUGCUUGCGCUAGCAAGUGAAGAGAAGAAAGGACCACGGAAAAAGAAGAAAAUUCCAGAGACAGAAAUCAAACCGGAAUCAAACAGCGUACAAGAUUAUCAGGCAUUGGAUUUGUUCAAAAUGCGAUUCAAUUCAAUCUUCAAGCAAACAGCGACACUGGCCAAGAUGCAUCGACAAAUUACUUCGGUGUCACUACGACUGCGGAAUCAAAAGCGAAAACGAGUGACCAUACCCACAUCUACGGUGACAUCAACAUCAGUUGCAGCAGCAGCCACAACCACUGACUUCCAUAAUAAUGAAACAUUGGUGCGAAUAUCUGCCGCCAAUCAGAGCAACGACGAAGAGUUUGAGAGCUACAUCAUGAGUGAAACCGAAGAGAAACCAUGCAAACGAAAUCGAAUCACUGUACUUGAAAGCAUCACCGUCGGAUUGAAUGAUAUAGAAGAAGUUGAUCCACUGCAAUUGCCACCACCAACCGUUUCCAAUGAUUCAUUCAAUUUCUACACUCGAUACAGAGUCGAAACAUCGGAUACAGUUCAAGAAAUUAAUAUACAGCCGGAUGUGAGUGGCAGUGAAACUGAAGGCUUUGCCGAUGAUCAGAGCACAUAUUCCAAUACAGAUUUUGUCAUUUGGACACCAACCAUCACUGACGAAGCGACUGGAUCAUCUCAGCAGUGAAACAAGACAAGAACAAUAUUAUGUUUCAUUGUUUAUCAUAAUAAAUAGUAAAAUAGUUUCAAAUUAAAGCAAAAACAAA